GUGAUUCGUCCCAGUGAGACACCCAGUGCUCAUCCCAACAAGUGCCCUCCUUAAUGCCCGUCACCCAUUUAACCCACGCCUCAACUGUGUUUUUAAAAAAAUGUUGUCAUGGAAAUGCUUUUACCAGCUCUUUAUUGUCCGGCUGCCCUAGUGUUUGAGGGGAAGAUGAUGGUGUUGCAGGAGAAACUGGCGGGGGUUUUAGCCCUGGUUCAGAGAGAGGGGCCGUGGACUCUGCCCCUUGCCACCACCCUGCAACUCAGAGUUCCUCUUCUGUGAAAUGGGAACGGAAACACUCCGUCUACAGUGGUGGGGCUCAAAGAAGCUCGUGCGUGAGAAGCACUGAGCAGGGCCGCACAGACUCAACCCACGGGAGCUGUUCCCUGGGUCAUGAGGACGAGCUGGGUUUUCAACCAGCAGCAGCUGACCUCCUCUUCCUCUCAGGGGAUUGUGUGUCGCCAGCCACCCGGGGCACCUGGGAGCCAGGGUGCUUAGAAAUCACUAUAGCCCUUUGCUCAUUUCUCAUGAGCUGGAGGCGCCAGGUUUAUUUAUGUGCCCGUUCUCAACUUUGGCUGCAGAUGGGAGAUCCCAACACCCAGGCCACCCCCAGACCAAUCACAAUCUUGGGGCCCGAGACCCAGGUAUUGGGUUUUUUGGUCUUUUGGUUUUGGUUUUUAAAGCUUCCAGGUGGUUCCAAAGUGCAGCCAGGGCUGAGAGCCACUGGUUAGACUGUGGCGGGGUAGGGCCUCUCUCCGUGGGCUACUUCACAGUGAGGCGGGGUAGAGCGUGCUCUGUUCCAGGGCCAAAGCAUUGCUAAGAUGUUGGAGCCGGAAAUUCCCUGGAUGCCUCGGUCUCACAUUGGUGAUAGGUCUUCAUUUCUGGCUGAAAAACGGUUUGUUUGUUUGUUUUCUUUCUAUGCUUUCAUUUUCUUAUGUUUUUGUAAACAACCUGACUUCUGCUUCCCAGUGGACAUGGCUGACGUCACACACUUUAGACGGGACUGUCUCCUCUCUGGCAAUCCUCGUUUCCUUACCCCUGGGAAAUAGACUGGGCACGUCCUCCCAUAUCUGCAUCUUUAAAACUCAACCCGUUGGUGACUCCUGCAAUCGGUCAUUUAAGCAAUGAACUAGAAUAAAACGGAAAAUACAAGAGUUCUCGCACUUAGAAACUUGAGUGUUGGUUGUGGAACACGUGUAUGUAUGUCAGAGUGUCCUAAAAGGCAGCAUGUAAAGUGUAUUUUUCUCACUGAUAACACUCGGCUGAGCUCCCUGCACGGCCCUGAGCUCCUCACAGCUGUGAGCCUGGUCCAGGGCGGCGUUCAAGGAGGUUGUGCAAGAGGAAGGGGCUCUGGGCCAGGCAGCCUGCGUCUCACUCUCGCUGGCCGUGUGACCUGGGAAAAGUUGUUGGCUUCUCCGUUCCCAGUUUCCUCGCCUGUAGAUGGAGAUGUCUCCACUCCCCACCUCACGAGGCUGUUGCAAUGUGUUAUUAGAGGACUUUGUACGGAGCCCAGAAAUGUCAGGUGCCCGGGAGGUAGUUGACGCUCACGGUGGCUCCUGCUACCGGAUGUUAUUGCCCGCAUCAUCUCCACCCAGCCUCACCCUCAUCUUGCCAGGUUGGCGGACCACUCUGUCAAGACGGGAGGGAUCCUGACCCCACAGGAAAAGGAGAGAAGUGUUGCAGCAUUUCUGGGGGGAUGUGGGCCACCGGUCGGGCUCAUUGGCCCAUAAGCAGCGGCCCCCGAAAGCCGGUCAGCCAUCAGUGGUGGUUGUUUUUGCCAACCUCAGACUUCCUCCCCACCCUAGAGAAGGAAAAGCUGCCACGCUUAUUUAAAGACUUCCCUGAUUUUAAAAAUAGGCAUUCCUCAGAACACCAAUCCCCGGGGGCUGGGGGCGCGGCCCUGGGGUAGGUGACCGUGCGCCUGGAGGCCCUCCCGCCUCCCUCCCGCCAGAGGAGAGGUUUGCUCCAGGGAUUCAUUCCACCAUCCAGGCUGGCUCCCGCAGGGCCAAAGUGGCUCCGGCAGAGAGGAUGAGCAAGUUCUUGAAGCAUUUCACUGUCGUUGGGGACGAUUACCAUGCCUGGAACAUCAACUACAAGAAAUGGGAGAAUGAGGAGGAUGAGGAGGACGAGGAGGAACAGCCGCCACCAACACCUGCCUCCGGUGAGGAGGGCAGAGCUGCCGACCCGGCUGCGGCCCCUGUCCCUGCGCCCAGGCCCCCCCUAGACUUCAGGACCACAUUGAGGAAGCUGUUCAGCUCCCACAGGUUUCAGGUUAUCAUCAUUUGCCUGGUCAUUCUGGAUGCCCUCCUGGUGCUCGCUGAGCUCAUUCUGGACCUGAAGAUCAUCAAGGCUGACAAGAACGCCGUCAAGGUGUUUCACUGCAUGAGCAUUGCCAUCUUGACCUUCUUUAUGAUGGAGAUUUUUCUAAAAUUAUAUGUCUUCCGCUUGGAGUUCUUCCACCACAAGUUUGAAAUCCUGGACACCAUCGUGGUGGUGAUUUCCUUCAUCCUUGACAUUGUCCUCCUGUUCCAUGAGCACCAGUUUGAGGCUCUUGGCCUACUGAUUCUGCUCCGGCUGUGGCGGGUGGCCCGGAUCAUCAACGGAAUAAUUAUCUCUGUCAAGACACGUUCAGAACGGCAACUAUUGAGGUUAAAACAGAUGAAUAUACAGUUGGCCGCCAAGAUCCAACACCUUGAAUUCAGCUGCUCUGAGAAGGAACAAGAAAUUGAAAGACUUAACAAGCUCUUGAGACAGCACGGACUUCUUGGUGAGGUCAACUAGAUGCGCACCUGCUCCACCCCAAAGAGAAGACCCUGCUUCCACGGGCUUGUGUCUCUGAGAGAAAGACAGCUGCCUCUCCUGGGCCCGUUUCGGGGAGAGGUUUGGUUCGAUGCCUUUGCCUCACCUCCACCCAGCUUGGAUUCCGGGGUGGGCAGGUGGUAGGGGGAGGGGGAAAGGCUUGCCCUUCCUUUCUUGGCGUGACCAAGAGCUUCCCAUCGCGUCCUCACUCCACGUCACCAUGUAUCAUAAACUAUAUUCUCUCAUGUUGACACUUUUGCUUGAAAAUGAACGAAGCUGGACAACUACUAGUUGUAUAUAAAAUUUUAUCUCAUCAGUGUACUUUUCACGUUUCGUGUGUAUAUUGAGGAACCAGUGCAUUCUUUCAUAUGGGCAUUCUGAAAGACAAAGGAAAAAAGAAAGCUACCUUAGCCACCAGCCCAUUCUAGAAAGUCUUCUCUUCCCAAGCUGUUCUCAGCAGCUCCUCUUGGUGCAUAUUCCUCCAGGGAGGUUGUCCUCAGGUACCCAGCCCCUCCUCUGCCGCAUCUAGCUUCUAACUGGCUCUACCCAGGUCCGCCACCUGACAACUUUUUUCUCAAUUACUGUGCAAUUAAUGUAUAAGAGCAACUCCCUCCCUCGGGACCUCCUACUCUCUUCUUUCCAGCAUCAACUGCUAGGAACUGCUCUGUGGUAUCCCGUACAACCCACCCGUUGGAGAGCUCCAGUGCCUGCCACCGAAACAGCAAUUAGACCCAAGACUCCAUGUAAUGAAGGUGACACCGGGGAAAGAUCCCCUCAUGAGGCCCUGUGCUCUACUUGCAUGAUUUUGUACAAUUUUGCUAUUUUUGUAUUCGUUUCCACGGGACCAGUAAAGGAAAGAAAACGACUACAAACAGCGAGUAUUUUUAAAAUAAGUCAUGUUGAAGCACAGGAUGAAUACACCGGAUGAACCCUCGAUGCCUGAGCUACUUCAGGGUCUGUCCCCUGUACCAUCUUCCCAAAGCUGCAAUUUGCUUUCCACACGUGACCUAUGUGCCGACAGUACUGGAAAUCACCAAGACCAGACGGUGCCCCAUUCUAAGGUCACGCUAAGUAGAAUUUCCAAAAGGAAAAAGGAGGGAAGUGAGCGGAGAGAGGAGAUGUGUGGUUUGAGGGCAACCCCACAGGUCAGAGGUGUAACACCACAGGAGGUCUCCAAGGGAGCCCACGCCCCACAGCACUUGAUUCUAGAGGUGUGGUGUCAUUUCCUUGAUUAAAAACUUACGUCAAACAAAGGGGAAGAAGAAAUUAAACGGCAGCUUGGCAUUGAUGGUUGGCCGAGCCCUGAAGCCCGCCUCUGCAGGUGCAGACACAUCCACAAAAGUAACCGCAGUGGAAAUAAGAACCGUUCUUUCAUUUCCUGAGUUGGUCUGUAAUACAAAGAGCGAUGCAAGCCCUGCCUUCCAGCGUGCUAACAAAGAUGGGACAUGUUGCGUUCUUUUCCGCACGUGACCGUGGUCAGUGCAUCUCAUAGGUAUGCGGAGGGCCCAUCAGCCACUAACUUGGAUGAAAGAUACCACUUUUACCCAGGUUGUCCUAACCCAUCAAUGUCCAUCGCAACUCAAUUUUCAAUGAAUUUUAAGGAUCAAAUGUAAACAAGAACGCUAAUGACAACGCUGUUGUCAGAAUUUUCUAACUAAAUGACUGCUAAAGUGUUUAAAUUUCAAUAAUUUUUUCACAGAAUAAAUUUUAUUACCAUA